AUGGUUCGCACACCUGUCCGCUGCCUUCUAGGCGUAGCGUGUUUAAUCUUGCCAAUAUUAGUGCAAGCAAACCCCUCUUCCCCUUCAGAGUCGCCAUCCAGCGAAACAGACCUCAUCUGCCCGACCGACAACCCGACUGAAUGCUAUCCCCGCGUCUUCCAACCGACCAAGGACUUCCAGGUUAUAAGAGAAGGACAGGAUAUACCCGGGGGCCUCCAUGUUCGAAUGAAUGUCUAUGAAGGGGUACGAGAAGCACGCCUAAAUAUUCCAAUGGAACGGGAGGAGGAAACCAUACCAGAAGGAGUCUCGAUGGAGCAAGCCGUGGCUGUGGUCGAGCACCCUGAAGCAGAACCAGAGCCAGAACCAGAGAAGCCCGCCCUCCGCGACCAAGUCCCCAUCAAGCCCCCAGGUUACGAAUCAGCGGGCAAAAUCCCUCCUCCGAUUCCCGACGCAGAAAACGGUGACGACAUGGGAACGUUUCAAAAAGCACUCCUUACAAUCAAAAUGGAAGCGCGAGCUUUCGAUAGCGCACUGGGCGAUCUCUCGGAUCUAGCCCAUGAUAUCUACUACGGCGUUGAGAUAGCAAAAGACGGGCCAGUUGUGGAGAAACUCAUAUGUCUGACCGUUGGGUCCGGCAGUGAGAGAAUGCCAUCCGAUACGAACGAGCGAGACCGUAAAGCAGCUUCUAUCCUUGGGGCAGCAAUCCAGAACAAUCCCACUGCGUUGAAAGAAAUAGCCCAGUUUCGCAGUUCGGUCAUGUACCCGACAUGCGGCUUCGAAGUACUAGCGGACAAAACGCAAAAACAGGGGAAUUUCGUGGGUAUGUUGCGGAGCCGAAUUGGUCGAGAGAAGAGCCCGAAUGCCCUGAAAGCAAAACUCGGCGCUAUCAGUGGGCUGCUCAAGGAACCCGGUUUCCGGGAUGAAUUCCUCGAGAAGGGAGGUAUGGAGCUUUUGCUUGCCAUUUUCCUGAAGAACGGGGAGCAAUUCGAUCCUGUGAGGAGGAAGGUCGGACAACUCCUUAUGGAUAACUUCCUGGACGAGGAUCUAGGCGCAGUGGUUGGGAUUUGGCCGAAGGGUCCAGUUAGCGGGAAGAAGACCUGCGAGACCAAAGGCAAGAUGUUAGAUGAUGGGUGUUGGGAGCAUCAUAUUGAGGCUUUCUCGAAUGCUUCACCGGAUGAAGCUUGGGCUAAGGAAGUCUUAGUUGCUCUGACUGGGCAAACAAAGAAGUUUGCAGAGCCAAAACCGCAUACGGAAUUGUAA